GGCAAUUCGGGUACUGCAACAGCUGGCGACCGACGUGCAACUAACCCAUCCGAGGGCGAGUAAAGUUAUUCGUGGUUGCAUGUAUGUCGAUGAUGUCCUUUCGGGAGCUGACUCUGCAGAAGAGGCUCACCUCACCAUUCGCGAGUUGCAGAGUGCCCUCGAUUCGGCUGGUUUUCCAUUAAGGAAAUGGACCUCCAACCACAAAGAAGUUCUGGCUCAUAUCGGAACCGAUCAUCUGCUAAAUGCCGAUUUCCUUGAAAUAGAUACGGAAAGCACGGCGAAAACUCUCGGAGUCCGUUGGAAAGCAACAUCCGAUGAGUUUUUCUUCGCCCUCCCCGACCUAUCCACCGAAGCUACACUCACAAAACGGCAUGUUCUCUCCCAAAUUGCGAAGCUGUUUGAUCCAGCAGGCUGGCUCGCCCCUUUCGUCGUCUGUGCCAAGAUUUUCAUGCAGGAGAUCUGGCUGCGUGAUCUAGGGUGGGAUGAUGAACUUCCCAUUGAACUGUGCCAAAAGUGGCGUGAU